AUGGCUGCUUCCAUGGGGUACUACACGCCGAGCCUCUUACGCUCCUUGCCAGCUCCCGAGAACGGGGCCCCGAAGUACCCGCUGGAGCACCCAGCCGACCGGUGGCUCUACCUCUCCCCGGGCACCCCGCAGCCCUUGCAGCAGCAGCAGCAGCAGCCCCUCAGCUCCGGCGGAGACUUCGCCCUGGCGCAGUGGGGCUUCCUGCCCAGCAGGGGGGUCUUCAUGAUGUCGGCCAAGCUGAGCAGAGACACAGAUGCCCAGCCCAGACUGGCCUGGCCCCCCAACAUCUGCAUCCUGACCCUGGCCAUGAUGAUCGCGGGCAUCCCCACCGUCCCUGUGCCCGGCGUGCGUGAGGAAGACAUGAUCCACGCCGCCCAGCGCUUCAUGGCAGAGAACCUGGAGCCCGGCGAGGGCCCGGCGGAAGGGGCCCCCAGGAGGCGGUGGGCGGCCUUGCAGCGCCUCGGCUCGUCCUGCAAGAGGGACCGGCAGCGCAGGCGAGCGGCCCACCGCAGCCUCCUGCCUCUCUUCCUGGCCCAGCUGGAGAAGUAG